UCUGGAGCAAAAGAGUCAAGACUUGUGACUAGCUUGAUACAGCCGAACUUUAGCCCGUAUUUAUACAACUUUUUGGCAAUAUAAUGGUGCUUUAAUGCCUGGGUGAUUUUUUUGACUUGCGUUCCACGAAAAUACCGUAUGGUUUCAUGACGGGGUCAAAUAUUUUCUACAGGACUUAACCUGUCUGGCAAAUUAGCUUGCCAUGCUAGCUGGUUUACAACUGCAUCGACUACAUUCCUCUACGGAUUAUUUUGUUCAGUAACAGCUCAGACUCUGGUCAUUUCGGGGAUUUGGAGCGUUUCGGGUCAUUUGGCGAGGCGCAGGAUGUCGAUACAGUUUGAGGAGCCAGCGUUGGCUGGCAGUUACGAUGUUGUCGGCUCAUUUCCCAAAAGUUUUGGCUACGGUCUGGAGGAAGCAGACAUGGAGGAGAGCCCCGGGUCAGCUGACAAGCCGCGGAUACUGCUGAUGGGACGGAGGCGCAGCGGGAAAUCGUCCAUUCAGAAGGUUGUUUUCCACAAGAUGUCCCCAAAUGAGACUCUGUUCCUGGAGAGCACCAACAAGAUCUACAAGGACGACAUCUCCAGCACCUCCUUUGUCAACUUCCAGAUCUGGGACUUUCCUGGCCAAGUGGACUUUUGUGACCCGACAUUCGACAGCGACAUGAUCUUCAAUGGCACCGGCGCGUUAAUUUUUGUUAUUGACGCUCAGGAUGAUUAUAUGGAGGCUCUUGAAAAGUUACAACAGACCGUGUCUAGAGCUUACAAAGUGAACCCUGAUAUCAACUUCGAGGUGUUCAUCCAUAAAGUUGACGGCCUGUCCGACGACCACAAAAUAGAAACACAGAGAGACAUUCAUCAGAGGGCCAAUGAUGAUCUCGCAGAUGCGGGCCUGGAGAAGGUUCACCUCAGCUUCUACCUGACCAGCAUUUACGACCACUCCAUAUUUGAGGCCUUCAGCAAAGUGGUCCAGAAGCUCAUCCCGCAGCUGCCCACAUUGGAGAACCUCCUGAACAUAUUCAUAUCUCAUUCUGGGAUUGAGAAGGCCUUCCUGUUUGACGUCGUCAGCAAGAUUUACAUCGCCACAGACAGCUCCCCCGUGGACAUGCAGUCCUACGAGCUCUGUUGCGACAUGAUUGACGUGGUUAUUGACGUCUCCUGUAUUUACGGGCUGCUGGAUGAUGGCACCGGCUGUGCGUACGACAAAGAGUCUUUGGCCAUCAUCAAGCUGAACAACACCACAGUGCUUUAUUUGAAAGAGGUCACUAAGUUCCUUGCUCUGGUUUGCAUCCUCAGAGAGGAGAGCUUUGAGAGGAAAGGUCUCAUAGAGUAUAAUUUCCACUGUUUCCGGAAAGCCAUCUAUGAAGUGUUUGAAGUGGCCGCCUCCAAACAAAGCACGGUCCUGAAGCGGGCGAACUCGUCCAGCAGUCUAAAAUAUGCCGCACUGAAUGGAAACGGCGUCUAAACGUAAUAAUUAGCAUGUGGGGGGGGAGGGAUGUGCUUGUUUGGUGCCAGUGCACGAGAGACAGGUUUGUGAAAUGUGCCAAACUCAAAAGUAUGCUAUUUGUCUCCUUUGUUAUUAAUAACCCUCACCGUGAAGAAGAUGUCAGCUUGGCUUACGGUACCUACUCAGCCAGUGUGUUGUGGAUCGUAACAUAUUUGUGGGACAUCUGAGGUGCUUCCUGUCAGACUGCCUUUUUUUCCCCCCCUGUCCUUUUAAAUCCUCUCACCUCAUGGGUGUGACGUCUCCUAAUAAUACAAGGGGGCUCUUUUUCUUUUUUGGUCAGGUUUUCAGGCCCAAAAUGAUUUUCCACAGGUUAUGUUGAUUUUUGUUUUUACUGUACAUAUUUCAUAUUUUCUUUUAAUAAAUUGUUACUAUUUUGGUGAUUGAAA